AGCGUACGCUCCCAGUUAGUUCAAGUCUCAGGGAGAGAGUAGAUGUUUCUGUGCUUUGAGAGAAGAGAAUCGUGAGGUCCUGGUGAUCCUAGCGGUGACGACAGCGAGGCGGCCAGUCUGACAGACUUCUACUACCCGCGUGACUAUAUUGGUCUGUUUGCUACUCGCUAUGCCGCUUCCCGUUGCGCUGCAGACCCGCUUGGCCAAGAGAGGCAUCCUCAAACAUCUGGAGCCCGAACCGGAGGAAGAGAUCAUUGCCGAGGACUAUGACGAUGAUCCCGUGGAUUAUGAGGCCACCCGUUUGGAGGGCCUGCCACCAAGCUGGUAUAAGGUGUUCGACCCUUCCUGCAGCGGGCUCCCUUACUACUGGAAUGUGGACACAGAUCUCGUGUCCUGGCUCUCCCCACAUGAUCCCAACUCCGUUGUUACCAAAUCUUCCAAGAAGCUCAGGAGCAGUAAUGCAGAUGCUGAGGAGAAGUUGGACCGGAGCCACGAGAAAUUGGAUCGGAACCAUGAGAAAUUGGACCGGAGCCAUGAGAAGUCAGACCGGGGUCACGAGAAGUCUGACCGAGACCGAGAGCGUGGCUAUGACAAGGUGGACAGAGAGAGAGAGCGGGACAGGGAUCGGGACCGGGACCGUGGAUAUGACAAGGUGGACCGAGAAGAAGGCAAAGACCGGCGCCACCAUCGCCGGGAAGAGCUGGCUCCCUACCCCAAGAGCAAGAAGGUUGCAAGCCGGAAGGAUGACGAAUUAGAUCCCAUGGACCCCAGCUCAUACUCGGAUGCACCCCGGGGCACAUGGUCAACAGGACUCCCCAAGCGGAAUGAGGCCAAGACGGGUGCAGACACGACAGCUGCUGGGCCCCUCUUCCAGCAGCGCCCCUACCCAUCCCCAGGGGCUGUGCUCCGGGCCAAUGCUGAGGCCUCCCGAACCAAGCAGCAAGACUGAAUCCUCGUGGGUUUCUAAUAAAAGAUUUUCAUGGAUCACGAA